UUCUCUUCAGAGCGACUGCCGGAAGUGAAUGCGCGCAAAUCGGCUUCGCCAAGUUUGGAGAGUUCAGGCUGUCUGUGCUAGUUGCUGUUUUUGGGCACGAAAAAUGCCAGGUCUGGUGGCCGCAAGCCCUGCCCCAUCUGAGUCGCAGGAGAAGAAGCCGCUGAAGCCCUGCUGCGCCUGCCCGGAGACCAAGAAGGCGCGCGAUGCGUGCAUAAUUGAGAAAGGAGAAGAGCAAUGUGGACACCUAAUUGAAGCCCACAAGGAGUGCAUGAGAGCCCUGGGAUUUAAGAUAUGAAAUGGUGGUCUGCUCUGGGAGUGAAUAGUUCCUGAAAAAUGAAGAAGAUUCAGUAACUUUGGGAGUUCCUUGCUGAAAAUUGAUAAAUAAAAAAUUAUUUAUAAUUUAUUAAAAAAAAAAAUCCCUGGUUAAAAGUC